AUGGUUGAUUCAAAGGACACCACGGAGAAGACCUCCCUACACCAAUCUGAGCACACUCCCGUCCAAAAUUCCCCAUACAUCGCCGAUCUCAAGCAAGAUGGGCUAGUCGUAGACGCGGAAGCAUCCAGCCUCGGCUCACCGACCUUCCAGGGAGUUGAUGAAAAAGCUGUCCUCCGGAAGAUGGACAUCCGUCUCAUUCCCAUGCUGAGCCUGCUGUAUCUGUUGGCCUUCUUGGACCGCGGGAAUAUCGGCAAUGCAAAGAUAGAGGGGCUUGUUGAUGAUCUCCAUAUGACGGGACCGCAAUACAAUUGGACUUUGACCGUCUUCUUCUUUACCUACUGCGUCUUUGAACUGCCGAGUAAUCUGCUACUAAAGAAGUUAAGACCCUCGAGAUGGCUUCCUUUGAUCAUGAUCGCUUGGGGAAUUGUUAUGACCUUGAUGGGUGUCGUCAACGAUUACGGUGGACUGCUCGCAACUCGAUUGUUUUUGGGCGUUGCAGAGGCCGGCUUGUAUCCCGGUGUGGCAUAUUACAUUACACUCUGGUAUCCACGCCAUCGAGCACAAUUCAGACAAGCUCUCUUCUUCAGCGCUGCUAGUAUUGCGGGUGCAUUCUCUGGGCUCCUUGCAUACGCUAUUGCUAAAAUGGAUGGUGUGGGCGGAUAUGCUGGCUGGAGAUGGAUUUUCAUUCUUGAGGGUCUUCUUACUGUUGUUGUGGCACUUAUAGCCCCAUUUGCGAUCCACGACUCGCCGGAAACUGCCACCUUUUUAACUGAAGAAGAGCGUCGAUUCGUUAUCCACAGUUUGCGGAUUCAAAACUCGGCAGACUCGCGCGAGAUUGACCAAACGAAUGAUAAGUUCGAAAUGCGCUAUGUCAUCGAAGCUUUCUCCGACUGGCAAAUUUGGUUGGGUUUAUUCAUGUACUGGGGUAUCACCUGUCCGCUAUACGGCAUUUCUCUCUUCCUUCCUUCGAUCAUCAAGGACCUAGGCUACAAGUCUUCGACGGCCCAGCUUCUUACUGUACCAAUUUAUGUCACCGCAGCAAUUGUCGCUGUUAUUGCAGCCUGGGUAUCAGACAAACGCAAGCAACGAUCCCCGUUCAUUCUCUUCUUUAUGGCCAUGAUCGGCAUUGGCUUCAUCAUCUGUCUCGCAUCGACUGGUCGGGGAGUCCCAGGUGUAAUGUACUUUGGUAUUUUCGUCGCGGUCGUUGCAUUUCCCGGAAACGUCACAUGGCUCAGUGUCAAUAUGGCGGGCGACUACAAGCGAGCUGCCGGCAUGGCCAUUUACAUUGGACUAGGAAACCUGGCAGGAGCUAUGUCCUCAAACUUCUACCGUGCUCAAGAUGCACCAAAUUACAUCCUUGGCCACUCCCUCGAGCUUGCUUUCGUUGUCGUGGGCAUGAUAGCCACUGUCGUCCUGCGUAUGGCGUACCAGCAUAUUAACCGGAAGCGGGAUGCCAUGGAUCCUUCGGAGUAUCCCGAGGAUCCUGACUCGCUGGGUGAUCGCUCUCCAUUAUUCAGGUACAUGCUUUGA